CUUCUAAAUACAAACCAGUGAAGAUGACCCCGAAACACGAAAAACAAGAAUUUGUGACUGUGUUGGUGCGAGACCCUAGGACACAGAAAGAAGACUCUUGGCACUCAUACAUAGACUAUGAGAUAUUCAUUCAUACAAACAGCAUGUGCUUUACAAGGAAAACGUCCUGCGUGAGGCGGCGCUUUCGAGAAUUUGUUUGGCUCCGACAGAGGCUUCAGAGCAAUGCUGUGCUAAUACAGCUCCCGGAGCUGCCGUCUAAAACUCCCUUUUUUAACGCGAACAAUCCUCAUCACGUGGACCUUCGUCGGCAGGGCCUUCAAGAAUUCCUUGAAAAGAUCCUACAAAAUGCAUUAUUGCUUUCAGACAGCAGGCUUCACCUCUUCCUCCAGACUCAGCUAAGUCCUGAAGAUAUGGAGGCUUGUGUGUGUGGACAGACCAAGUACUCUGUUGCUGAUGCGAUUCAUAAGUUUGCCUCUCUGAACAGACGUUUUCCUAUCGAAGAUGAAGAGAGAGAAAAAGAAAAAAAUGAUGCGGACUCGGAUUCAGAGAGUUCAUCCUCCGGGCUCGGACAAAGUGAUGACAGCGUUUCACGGGGAUGUAAAGCAAGCUCAGCUUCUGAAGAAUCGUGAAAAAUCGUGUCUGCGUUGCCCUCUGAAGGACAGUACCAAGUGGUUUCUGCUGUGUUUACUAGCCGUGUGCCCCACGUAAACACGGUCUGCUAAUACCGUGUGCUGAAAAGAGUUGGUGUCAGUGCAACUGUAUGUAUGUUAUUUUGAAACAGACCUCGAUACUGUUUCUUUGUUGAUUUGUCAUGUACAUUGAUUGAGGUUUACAUGCCACCGAUUACGUUUAGGUUUUUGCAACUGUUAAAAUCUCUGCAUUGGGCUAAUGCUCCACUGAAACAUAUGGCAGUUUAAAAUAUUUCCCUUAGUGACUGCACGUCUUAGAUCUGGAAAAUCAAGAUAACUUAAUGCCUCAGCUUAAAAGUUCUCAUAUCAUAUGAAAUAUAUUCAAAGCAUCUUUUUGUAAUUUGCAUUAGAGAAGUUUCAUCUUUAGAAGUCAUUUGACAUUGGUGAUGAAAUUACAUACCCCACAAGGUAUUAACUUUUUWAAGUAGCUCAGCAACAUCAGCAAAACAACAUUUGUACAAACUAUAUGCUGCUGACAAUUUGAGAUAUAUUUUUAUCUUCCUCUGGUCUUUCUCUAAUGUCUGUAGAAAGCCUGGUUUUAUCAUGCAUAAGAACCAAAAGCCCAAAUUCUCCAGCCUGACUGCUUGGAAUUUGGGAAUAAUAAAAAUGGUGCAAUUUAGAGGGCUUCUAAAGGGGCCGAUCCCAGGGAAUUACGGAUACGYGUUCCCAGGGAAAAUCCUGGAUGACAUCCAUUAAAACCAAUGGCUGAAUUUUCCAUCGACUUCACUAGGGCCAUGGCUUCACCCUACAGAUCUUACUUUAGGARCCUACAGUUGAAGAUGUCAGGGCAGAAGUUUUAGUUUAUCAGCUCAAAGGGAGUGUGUUUCCUUCUCCGCGAUGAUGCCAAUCACAGAGUGUAACACGCCGUCCGAAUGUGCAGCGCUGGAAUCUUUGGGAAGAACUGCAGCUAGUGAUUUCAGUGUUACUGUAGUUAACGUGUAUUGACUUUUUCACAAACAAAAGGCAGGCUUGAACACAACUCUGUAACCACCAACACUUAUUUUGAUUAAACGUCAAUUUGGUUCUUUAUUGUUAACAGCAGCUGCAUAGUGUCUUGUCCCAGAUUCUGUCAAUGGAAUAUGUUCCACUCUGGUGUUGUAUUUAUAUUUGACAUUUAACUGCUAUUAAAAAGAGCUAGGGGGUCUGAUCACCCUAGCAAAAGCUCCCAUUAACUUCAGAGCUGCAGUUACAGGCCUGAAAACGGAUGCUUUUUUUAAAGAAUUCUGUUUCUGGUUGCAAAGAAGGGACAUUUAAAAUCUGUGMAUUACAGAAACAAUAGAUUAUUAAAUGGCCAGCUAAUAAAGGUUAGUGUAGGCAUGUGCAGGCAUGUUUUUUCAAGCAUCCAGAUGGGAAUCUGUGUAAUUUUAGAGACAUGUUUUAAUAGCCCGAGGAUAACAUCUCUUAGCUAACUACUUUGAGCCUGUGUUUUUUCUUCCUUUUUUUCUUCCUUUUUUCUUUUUUUUUUCUUCCUGUUGAUGGGAGCACUUCUGUAAAAUUAUUGUUGCCUUUGCUCAGUUUUAUUGAAUUGCACGAAUGUAUUUCUCACCAUCUCAGCCUGUGUACAAUGUAGCAGCAAAGCUAUUUUAAUGUAUAGGUUGUAACACUUAUUUAAAGCAGCAAGUUAUACUUAGUAGGAGCUAGAAAGCUGGUUUUGACAGCARAUGCUUAAGUUGUUACAUUACUGGAAAAAUAAUUCAGUUUAGGAAAUUUAUGUGAAAGAUGGGGGAAAAUAUCAAAGCAAACUGGGAUCGUGUCUGACAAGAAGUGUUUGUAUUUAAUACAGCGUUAGGAUAGUGGUUUUGUUUCAUUUUAAAAUAGUGAGCCAGACUGUGGAAGCACUUUACAAUUCUUGRCCUACUUAUGCAGGUCCUAAAUAGUUGACUAAAAUACAUAAAGAAAAGGAUUGGAGAAUCUUUAUAGCUACAUUUCUUUUCCUUAAUUUGAGGAGUUUAUCUUUUGUGUGUCAGAGGAUGUUUUCCAAAGGAAGAUAUUUCUGAGCUAAAUACUUGUUUCUAAUGGUUCUGUUGUUACUUUAUUUUCUUUAUCACACAGACCUGAUAUUUCUGAGCAAUUAGCAAUACUUUAUUUGCAUCUUUAAUAGGAAUUUAAUGUAUUUAUCUGUUGAAUGUUACUUGUUUAGCAAAGACUACUGGAUUAUUUUCUUAUUAAAGAAGAAUGAGCACUAUUCUGAGCUCUAGCACUUUUGUUACCACCUAUAUAAGUGCAUAUAAAUUCUUCACAGGAACAUUUAAAUGUAACAUUUACAUAAUUCUACAUUUAAAAUUCUAUAUUCAUAUUAAAUAUAUAUAUUUUUAAUGCCUUACAUGCCUAUGAUUUCACGUUGUUAACACUGGCGUUUAUUUUGACUCUCUAAAAACAUCACUGGUAUUUUGAUYCUCAGUUUUUAGUUUUAAAUAAUGCUGAUAUUGAUAGAUCUUUUCU